GAGUGACCUCGCAGGUGGGCGGGGCCUGGGGUCCGUUCCCCAACCUUCUCCGCGUCCCGGACUCCCAAGUCUCCGCCGGACCCUCCUUUGGGUAUUCCUCGUGUCUCCGAUUCUGAGUUUCUGCCUGGAGUUUGGAAGCUGUUUUCUGUCCAAGUCUCAGUUUCCUCAUCUGUGACAGGGGAACUGUACCUCCUGCCCUCGUAAGUCUGCCAUGAGGUUCAAAAUUUGAAUGAGAAAAUGUAGAAGACAGAGGGGGAAGACGGUGGGGCCUCCCCACCUGCCCCGCAGAAGAUGCAGUUCUUUGGCCGCCUGGUCAAUACCUUCAGUGGCGUCACCAACUUGUUCUCUAACCCAUUCCGGGUGAAGGAGGUGGCUGUGGCCCACUACACCUCGAGUGACCGAGUUCGGGAGGAAGGGCAGCUGAUUCUGUUCCAGAACACUCCCAACCGCACCUGGGACUGCGUCCUGGUCAACCCCAGGAACUCACAGAGUGGAUUCCGACUCUUCCAGCUGGAGUUGGAGGCUGACGCCCUAGUGAAUUUCCAUCAGUAUUCUUCCCAGCUGCUACCCUUCUAUGAGAGCUCCCCUCAGGUCCUGCACACUGAGGUCCUGCAGCACCUGACUGACCUCAUCCGUAACCACCCCAGCUGGUCAGUGGCCCACCUGGCUGUGGAGCUAGGGAUCCGCGAGUGCUUCCAUCACAGCCGUAUCAUCAGAGUCCGGAGUGCUCACCAGGUGCCAGGUCUUUGGGAGCUGAUUUCUACCCACCAUGAAAUUGAAUUUUCCCAACCCCCACAAGCUGUGCCAAUUGCGCGGAGAACGAGGAGGGCUGCACACCCCUGCACCUGGCCUGCCGCAAGGGUGAUGGGGAGAUCCUGGUGGAGCUGGUGCAGUACUGCCACACUCAGAUGGAUGUCACCGACUACAAGGGAGAGACCGUCUUCCAUUAUGCUGUCCAGAGUGACAAUUCUCAGGUGCUGCAGCUCCUUGGAAGGAACGCAGUGGCUGGCCUGAACCAGGUGAAUAACCAAGGGCUGACCCCGCUGCACCUGGCCUGCCAGCUGGGGAAGCAGGAGAUGGUCCGCGUGCUGCUGCUGUGCAAUGCUCGGUGCAACAUCAUGGGCCCCAACGGCUACCCCAUCCACUCGGCCAUGAAGUUCUCUCAGAAGGGGUGUGCGGAGAUGAUCAUCAGCAUGGACAGCAGCCAGAUCCACAGCAAAGACCCCCGUUACGGAGCUAGCCCCCUCCACUGGGCCAAGAACGCAGAGAUGGCCCGCAUGCUGCUGAAACGGGGCUGCAACGUGAACAGCACCAGCUCCGCGGGGAACACGGCCCUGCACGUGGCGGUGAUGCGCAACCGCUUCGACUGCGCCAUAGUGCUGCUGACCCACGGGGCCAACGCGGAUGCCCGCGGAGAGCACGGCAACACCCCGCUGCACCUGGCCAUGUCGAAAGACAACGUGGAGAUGAUCAAGGCCCUCAUCGUGUUCGGAGCAGAAGUGGACACCCCGAAUGACUUUGGGGAGACUCCUACAUUCCUAGCCUCCAAAAUCGGCAGACUUGUCACCAGGAAGGCGAUCUUGACUCUGCUGAGAACCGUGGGGGCCGAAUACUGCUUCCCACCCAUCCACGGGGUCCCCGCAGAGCAGGGCUCUGCAGCGCCACAUCAUCCCUUCUCCCUGGAAAGAGCUCAGCCCCCACCGAUCAGCCUAAACAACCUAGAACUGCAGGAUCUCAUGCACAUCUCACGGUCCCGGAAGCCAGCGUUCAUCCUGGGCUCCAUGAGGGAUGAGAAGCGGACCCACGACCACCUGCUGUGCCUGGAUGGAGGAGGAGUGAAAGGCCUCAUCAUCAUCCAGCUCCUCAUCGCCAUCGAGAAGGCCUCGGGUGUGGCCACCAAGGACCUGUUUGACUGGGUGGCGGGCACCAGCACUGGAGGCAUCCUGGCCCUGGCCAUUCUGCACAGUAAGUCCAUGGCCUACAUGCGCGGCAUGUACUUUCGCAUGAAGGAUGAGGUGUUCCGGGGCUCCAGGCCCUAUGAGUCGGGGCCCCUGGAGGAGUUCCUGAAGCGGGAGUUUGGGGAGCACACCAAGAUGACGGACGUCAGGAAACCCAAGGUGAUGCUGACAGGGACACUGUCUGACCGGCAGCCGGCUGAACUCCACCUCUUCCGGAACUACGAUGCUCCAGAAACUGUCCGGGAGCCUCGUUUCAACCAGAACGUUAACCUCAGGCCUCCAGCUCAGCCCUCAGACCAGCUGGUGUGGCGGGCGGCCCGAAGCAGCGGGGCAGCUCCUACUUACUUCCGACCCAAUGGGCGCUUCCUGGACGGUGGGCUGCUGGCCAACAACCCCACGCUGGAUGCCAUGACCGAGAUCCAUGAGUACAAUCAGGACCUGAUCCGCAAGGGUCAGGCCAACAAGGUGAAGAAACUCUCCAUCGUUGUCUCCCUGGGGACAGGGAGGUCCCCACAAGUGCCUGUGACCUGUGUGGAUGUCUUCCGUCCCAGCAACCCCUGGGAGCUGGCCAAGACUGUUUUUGGGGCCAAGGAACUGGGCAAGAUGGUGGUGGACUGUUGCACGGAUCCAGACGGGCGGGCUGUGGACCGGGCACGGGCCUGGUGCGAGAUGGUCGGCAUCCAGUACUUCAGAUUGAACCCCCAGCUGGGAACGGACAUCAUGCUGGAUGAGGUCAGUGACACAGUGCUGGUCAACGCCCUCUGGGAGACCGAGGUCUACAUCUAUGAGCACCGCGAGGAGUUCCAGAAGCUCAUCCAGCUGCUGCUCUCACCCUGAGGGUCCCCAGCCUCUCACCGGCCCCAGCUGACCUCGUCCAUUCAGCCCCUGCCAGGCCAGGCCCAGCCACUGCCCUCCCGGGCAGAUCUGGGCCCAGGCACCUCUGAGUCCAUAGACCAGGCCUGGGAGAAUGCCAAGCUGCCUGCCCGAGGCUGGUCCUGAAGGCCUGUCUCCCACUAACCCCGCCUUCCAGCACUUUCUGUCAUUCCAGGCUGGGAAAGUUUAGAGCCCCCUUUGGCCCCUUUCCCUGACUGUCAAGGACAACUGACUCCCCCAUCAGCUCAAACAUUAAGGGUACCCGGGCACAACCAUACCCCUGCCCCCAGCCCCAGCCUCCCUGAGAGCCUGCAGGGCUGCCUCUGCCCCAGCCCCCAGCAAGGGCACUCCCAGGCUUCCUGGUGGGUGCAGCCCACUCCCUCUGCCCUCUGCUCCGUUCCCUGGGGGCUGGGACUAAAGAAACGGGGUGUCCCCCACCCCAUCAGCUGGGAAAGCCCAGGCCGCAGGAGUGGGAUGCCCGUUCGACUUUGCCCCUCACACUGGCCCAGCCCCUCACACUGCCCCACCCCGAGAACCCUCAGCUCUCAAAGGUCACUCCUGGGAGUUUCUUCUUCCCAAUGGAAGUGGCUUAAGAGCCAAAACUGAAAUAAAUCAUUUGGAUUCAAGUUCA